UCACUGACGUCAUCACGCAAAGAGAGCCGCGCAGACGCUCAGCUCCGGUGAUGCACGCUUGUUUGUGGUGCAGUCUGAAUGACAGAGCGACUGUAAAGUUACUGCAAGUGAAGCGUCUCGGUGCAGAAGAAGGUUUACACUGCUCCAGGACAAAGAAGCAGGGAUUUACAAAAUGUCUUCUCCUGAGCCCGUUAUCAGAUCGAGACAGAUGGAGAAAGAAGUCAAUGGGAUUUCAACACAAGUCGUCUGUACAGAGUUCAGCAAUUACAUAUUCGUGGUCCUCAGUCAGUACGGCAAAAUCGGGACAUUGAUAUCUGUCACGCCUGACUCCAGAUCUAAUGAUAUCAGCACCCCAACGUUCUCCACCAAAGUACUGCUGGGCAAAGACGAGCCGCUGACGCAUGUCUGUGCCAAAAACCUGGCAACGUUUGUAUCACAAGAAGCCAGCAACAAGCCUGUCUUACUGGGACUGGCACUUAAGGAUUCCUCCAUGGAUGCAAUCAAACAAAUGAAAGAGAUCAUCAAAAGUUGUCAAGUCUGGUAGAGAGUCAACCAAACGGACAUGCAGCCUGUAGGCUUGAUAAGAUACAGGCCAUCUGGAUGCCCCCAAUGUCACCUUUUUCUAAACUGUUUUCACCUUUUUUGAAACUGAAAGGAUUGUACUCUGAAUCCCCUGAGGCUCAAACUUGAAGACAAAAAUGUAUAAAUACAAUUUCAUUUAUCUGAUCCUUUUGAUUUGUUGAGACAGUGAGGAAUGUCUUCUGGGAAACAUAAUUUAGACUUUAUCUGUUUGUGAGGAGUGAUUUACUGCAAGCCAGUGUAUUCUGUUAGCUCUAAGUUAUACCUUGCAAAAUGAUGGCCAAUGGCUCCAAUGUGUCACCACUUCAUGAAACUGUACUUUUGUAAUCUGUAAUACUAUAUUCUGUGUUAUUUUUGUAUUUGAUAAUGCAAAUAAAAACUGGUCAGGUCAAAAA